AUGCGUUUCUUCAGCAUCUUCGCCGCCAUCACCGCCCUCACUCCCGCCGUCAUGGCAGCCGGCCAGAACCCCGUGAACUGUCUUGACAAAUGUCAUCCCAGCAGUGCUGGCUCCGCUCAGUACUGUGAUGCCGCUCACCAGGCUCUUUACCGUGAAGGCCCUGGCUGCUUCAAGUGCUGUGAGUCCGUUUAA